AUGAAGCUUUCCAUUGCCACCUCACUCGCUAUAUUGGGUGCAGCUGCUGCCUCCCCAAUCGACAUUUUCAAUGAAAUCAUCGUUGGCGACGUUGACCUCCAAUCGCCUAUCACCUCUUCUUGGAAGUUCCCAUGGCCUCCAUGGGGAAAGCCUGAAGUUGACACUGAAAAGUUGCAGGCUUCUAUUUCUGCUGAUGCUUUGAGAGAAAGAGCUGAAAAAUUGUACUCAAUUGCUCAAAAGUCAGAGAAGAAGUAUGGCCAUCCAACUCGUGUAAUUGGCUCUCCAGGUCAUUGGGCCACAAUUGCCUACAUCAAGCACGAAUUGGGCAAAUUGAGCGACUACUACACUGUUGAUGUUCAGAAGUUCGAGGCCAUUGACGGCCGCGUUAACUCUGUUUCGCUCUUGAUUGACGGUGACAAGCCAAAGUCCUUGCUGGCUUUGCAGCUUACUCCACCAACUCCAGGUAAGGCUCCAAUCAACGCCAACUUGGUCUUGGCUGAGAACUACGGUUGCGAUGUUUCUGACUUCCCAAAGAAGUUGACCAAGGAUAACAUUGUCUUGGUUGAGAGAGGUGAGUGUGCAUUUGGUGACAAGUCCAUCAACGCUGGUAAGGCUGGUGCUGCUGGUCUUAUCAUCUACGAUAAGGAUACCCCAUUGCACGGCACUUUGGGUGAGCCUACCGGUAAGGAGGUUCCUACUGUUUCUAUCAGCAAGAAGGAUGCUCAGCAGUACAUUGACAAGUUGAAGAAGAACCCUAAGCACAAGUUUGAGACCACUCUCUAUGUCGACUCUUACGUCAAGAAGAUCAAGACCCUUAACGUUGUUGCUGAGACUAUCAAGGGUGACCACGAGAACGUUGUUUCUUUGGGUGCUCACUCUGACUCUGUUGCUGAAGGUCCAGGUAUCAACGAUGACGGUUCUGGUACCAUCUCUUUGCUUGAGGUUGCUAAGCAAUUGACCAAGUACAAGGUCAACAACGCUGUUCGUUUUGCUUGGUGGGCUGCCGAAGAGGAAGGACUUUUGGGUUCCUACGCUUACGCUCAGGCUCUUACCCCAGAGGAGAACCAGAAGAUCAGAUUGUUCAUGGACUACGACAUGAUGGCUUCUCCAAACUACGAAUACGAAGUCUACGAUGCUAACAACAAGGACCACCCUAACGGAUCUGGUGAUUUGAAGGAUCUUUACAUCAAAUGGUACAAGGAGCAGGGCUUAAACUACACCUUGAUCGAGUUUGAUGGCAGAAGUGACUACGUUGGAUUCAUUGAUGCUGGCAUUCCAGCUGGUGGUAUUGCUACUGGUGCCGAGAAGGUCAAGACUAAGAAGGGUCAGGAACAGUUUGGCGGUGAGGCCGGCAAAUGGUUCGACCCAUGCUACCACCAGUUGUGCGAUGACUUGUCUAACCCCGACUACGAUGCCUGGUUGGUUAACACCAAGUUGAUUGCACACUCUGUUGCUACUUACGCCAAGAGUUUCGAGGGCUUCCCUGAGAGAGAAACUGGCAAUGUCACUGUUGAAUCUGUGGGCAAGAUCAGUGACAGCUUCCCAUACCGCGGCUCCAAGCUCAUCUUUUGA